ACAGAAUUGUAUUUCAUUAAGCGUUUUAGUGAUUGGAACUUUUAAAAGCUCACCCGCAAAAUUUUGGUGAGCGAAGAAUUACAAGAUACCUUUUCAUGCGUAAAGGAGUUAGAAACAUGUUAGACUGACAACACACAAAGAAAGAUGGAGAGACGACACUCAGGCUCCCUCUCCUCCCUUUCGGGGGCCACGCCACCAGGCACCCCCAGGACUUCUACAGAUGGGAAACCAAAGGGGGCAGGGAUACAGAUGCAAAUCCAGCAACUAGCAAAUGAACAAGAGAGAGUACAAAAGAAGACAUUUACAAACUGGAUGAACAGUUACCUAAAACAGAAAAAUAUGAAAGUGGAGAACCUGUUUGAAGACAUUAAAGAUGGAGUAUACCUGUUAUCCUUAUUGGAAGUCCUGUCAGGAGAUAAACUGAAAAUGGAAAAAGGAAAAUUAAAGAGAGUACAUUAUGUCAGCAACAUUUCUACAGCACUAAACUUCUUGGAACAGAAAAAGAUAAAACUUGUCAACAUCAAUGUUUCGGACAUUGCAGAUGGAAAACCUUCCAUUGUCCUUGGAUUAAUCUGGACCAUUAUCUUGUAUUUCCAGAUUGAAGACACAUUCGCACAAAAUGAUGACUCUGGCGAACAGGCACCGCUGUCAGCUAUAGAUAAAUUCCGAAAAAAUGCAAAGAAAGCUUUAUUAGCCUGGACUGCCAAUGCUAUAACAAAAAAAUAUGGUAUAGAAGUUAAUAAUUUCGGUAAAAGUUGGCGAGAUGGUCUUGCAUUCAAUGCCAUGGUACACACAAUCAACCCUGACUUAGUAGAUUUUGAUCAGUGCAGAAAACAGGAUGCUAGAACUAAUCUAGAGCAGGCAUUCUCAGUUGCAGAGUCACAACUUGGUAUUGCAAGACUGCUUGACCCUGAAGACGUUGAUGUUGAGAAGCCUGACGAGAAAUCGGUCAUGACUUACGUUGCCCAAUUCUUAAAGGCCUACCCAGAGGCUGGUGAGGACCCUAGUCUAUCCAAAAGGAAAAACCCAGCAGAACAAGAGAUAUCUGAUUACAAUGAUCUGCUCACCUGGAUUAAAGAGGAAGCUGAUGAGCUUCUACAAAUAGUAGACCAACCAGUGACAGACAGACAGUCAGAAUAUAUGGAUUACUUAGCAUUUAAAACAGAAUUUGACAGAAGACAGAAAAUAUACCAGAGGUUAGAAGAGAAAGUAGUGAGCAAAAAAGCUGUAAAAAUUACUCCCAAAAUGUGGCAGGAAUUAGAACCCAAAUGGCGAGACAUCGCUAGACGUACUCGUAUGUGGUUAUGGAAACUUGAUGCUAGUCUACCAGGUCGUCUGGGAAAGUUUGGUGAUUGGUUAAACCAAGCCGAGGAAAUGUUAGAGAUUGAACCUGAAAACCAGGAAGACCAUAUAGAAAUGGCAGAUCAACUUCUUAAACUGUUAAAUGAACACAAGGACUUUUUCAAAGAGAUGGACCCAUACAAAGAGUUUUUCUUGCAAGUUAAACGUGCAGGAAAAUAUGAAGGAGAAUUCAUCCCACCACCACAAAUGGAUAAUUUACACACUAGAUUACAAGUCGUGUGUAAAGAGGCACCAAAACGAGAGAAUCUAUUACAGUAUGACGAGUUCCGAUUCAGACUUGCUGGAUUCAGUGCAGCUACUGAAGAAAAACUGAAGAUUUGGUUGUCAAAGUUAGGCACACAGGAAGACGUAGAGGAAAUGGCUCUUGAUUACAAGGACUUUGUACAGACCAAAAAUUUAUUUGCAAACUAUGACAAGAUGCUCAGUGAGACAAAGAAGAGAGGCGAUGCUUUCAGAAAACAUGUCUCAAAGGAAGAGGCUGCACAGAUUAACCAAUUUGCUGAUGAAGAAACACAAAAAUGGAAAACAAUGUCCGCCGAAAUAAAAUCUUUACAAUCUAUGUUUGAUGAAGGAUUAGAGCAGUGGAAACGGUAUAAUGGAUGUUAUGAUAUGGUAAUUGCAUGGAUCACUGAAGGAGAACAAGUCAUGCAUGGUGGAACAAAAGAACAAAUUGAGGAAUAUUUUACCGAAAUUCCACAGUACGAAGAAAGACUUAAAUUUUUGAACGAAUCUGCAAACUUUUUGAUAGAAAAUUGUCAAGAACCUAUCGCAGAAGAAAUUAAACAAAAUGUUAAUAUGAUUAACGGUAGAUUUACGGAAUUAGUGGAAGGAUAUCAACAAUAUAAGAAAGUAGAAGUUAUAGGAAAGGGGAGACAAGAAUACCAGCUUGGAGUAGAUAGAAUAUCAGAGUGGUUACAAAACGCUGAGGAAUUAUUAGCUACUGAAGUCCCAUGUAAACAUGCUGCUUUGAAGGACCAUUUACAAGAUGUAGAUAUGUGUGGAAAUCAAGUAGCAGAAAUGGAAGCUGAUUUCAAAGUGACCACAAAAACAGCGCAGUCUCUAGUCAAGGAUUCAGAGCAAACAAUGGUCAACGAAAUGUUACAAACUCUAAAUGUACAAAAAGAAGUCAUUGUACGACUUCGUAAAGAAAUCCCAGAAAGGAUUAAAUACCUCAAAGCUGUGCUUCCUAAUGUAGAAUCUCUAGAAACUGGAAUAUUAGAUUUAAAUGCCUGGCUCGUUAAAGGUGAGGCAUUGUUAGCUACACACAAACUAGACGGUGACCAUAGGGCUGUUGAAGAACGUCUUGAGAAACACAAGCAAUUCUUCUCUGAAACAACAUACCAGAAAUCCAUUGUUGAAAGUAAAAACAAAGUUCAUCAGAAAGUCACAUCUACCAAACCUAAGUUAAAGAAUGUCAAUUUCGAUGACGUUGAUAUUCCAAUGGAGGAAACAAACACACGCUUCCAGAGUUUAAUUUCUGCAGCAAAAGACUGGGAGAAAAAGUUGGAUAACUUGUCCCGUCUUUGGAAAGUCUACUCACAAAAAGAACAAGCACUUGCUAGUUGGCUUCAGCAAGCUCAGACAGUACUCAACGACAACGAAGAUGACUCUGAUAGCUUAAUCAGAAAACACAAAGGUUUCUUUAAUAAAAUUGACAAACGAUUACUAGAUGACUAUUUGAGAGCUGGUCAAGAUAUUUUAAUGGUGCUAGAUGACCGUGACAAAUCAGAACUACAACAAGACAUGGCUUCAAUGCAAGAAACUUGGAAGAAUGUACAAGCAUCAGCGCCAAUCAAAUUGGUGAAACUAGAAUUCCGUCUUCCAGAGGAAAUUUUUAUAGAACAAGUUGACGAUGCUGAAAAAACACUUCAACAAGAACAAAAACAAUUACAGAGAAAUGAAAAUGUUAAACAGACAUUACAGAAACACAGACAAAUGUUCAACCAAGGACCAUUUGUCCCUACAUGUACCAGAUGUUUAGAGGACAUGGAGUCCUUCACCAAAAACUUACAUCAACUCGACAGAAACGAUCAUAAUUUACAAGACAGAUAUGACCACCAUUUAGAUAGGUGGAGGAAACUAAAUGGAGCCAUGGAAAAUAUCCAUUUGCAGCUCAAACAACUUCCUGAGAGAUGGAAGGAAUAUAAUCAAAAAAUGAAUGAAUUUAAAAAGGCAGUACAGACUGUGGAUGAUCUGACGAAAGCCUUACAACGAGAAGACCUCACUAGUGAGGAGUACAAGGACUUAGAAAAUAAAUACCAGAAAGCAUUACGAGACAUGCAUAAACUGGCAGAAGAUGGCCAAUGGUUAGAAGAGAACUUGGAAGAACUUCUGAAAGAUUCUCCCGAGGCAGAUGCUGAUGAAGAGAGAAGGAAGUUGAGGGAUUUGAUGGGCCAAUUUGUGUCAAUUCAGCCAGGCAUGGAAAGCCUGACAGAUAAAUCUGCGGUUUUCUCAAAGGCCUAUGACUUCAGGGACGAACUCCAACAGCGCUCUAACUGGUUAGACGAAGCUCAGAGACAAGUGAACGAUGAUCCUUUUAUAGAUGGUCUGGAAGACGCAAGAGCUUUUCUCGGUGAACAUGAGAGCAUGUUAAAGAAACUAGAUACUGAAGGUGCUAGGAUUCAGGCCGACAUUGAUGCUGGCAGACGUCUCCAGAAAGAUAGAAAUGCUCCUGCUUUUGUUUCUAAAACAGUGGAGGAGUUAGAUAGAAAAUUGAAAGAUACAAACGAAAAAGCAAAACAGAAGCAUGAGAAAUUGAAGCAAAAAGUAAAAGAAUGGGAAAAUUAUGAAAAAUCAAAAUCAGACUGUAUACAAUUACUGAAGAAAGCAGAAGCUGAACUUGAAAAACCACCUGCAACCUCAGGACAAGAACUUGCAGAGAAAGAUCUGCAAUCUAAAAGAGAACUUCAAAGAACAUUAGACAAAUUGAAAGGCAGUAUCAAUGACAUGCAACAGUUAAAUGCUGUCUUGGCAGAGAGCGCUAGUCGUGAGAGGAAAGGACCUUUAAAAGUGGAGAUCUCUGAAAUUGACAAAAGACUUGACAAUGUUUCCAACAGGCUUAAUGCUAAGUUGGCAGAUCUUGAAGCUACGAUCGCCAAAUGGACUGAAUAUUACAAAAGACUUAAUAACUUCUGUGAAUGGUUAAACACCAAAGAGUCAAAUCUUAAUGAUGUGUUUGAAAACAAAUCAGCCCAGCCCGAAGAACAGCUGGACAAAGCAAAUGAUAUUUCCAGAGAAGUAUAUGAAAACAGGGUAACCUUAGACAAUUUGGAUAAAGAUGCUAGGGGCUUGUCUCAAAACUUUAGAUCAAGGGAGACUUCGGCUCUCAAAACAAAACUGGCCAGCGUCAGACGUCAGUGGGAGAACCUGUGUUCCAGAGCUAAGGACAGAAGUUCUGCUCUAACAGGAAGUGUAGCUCACUGGCAGAUGUACCAGAACUUGUCCCAGCAACUGUUGCCGUGGAUGGAGAAGGCUCAAAGAUACUGUGCUACUGAACUUCCUAAAUGUUCCUCGUUGGAGGAAGCCAAGGACUUGUAUAAUCUUCACCAGUCUUUUGUAAAAGAAUGUGAAGAACAGCUUCCAAUCUUUGAGAAACUAAACACAGAAGCAGGCUACCUGAUGGACCAACCAAAUGUUCCUCGUGAAAUGGAGGAUCUACAGAGGAGAUGGAAUGACAUCAUCAGCUCUUCUGAAGACCGUAGUCAUAAGGCAGAGAAGAUGUAUGGUGCCUGGGCGGCCUAUGAUCAAGAGAUCAGCAACUUUGAUGAGGUUCUGGACAAACUACAGGGACGACUUGGUGAAGAACCUAACUUACAUUCAACUGAUGUUCAAGUUCUUGAGCAUGAACUUGCUAUUGGAAAGACUUUACAAGAGGAGAUAAAAAGUCAUCAACCACAUCUCAGAGCUUUAGAAAAGCAGUUUGAGCAAGUCAAAAAGCAUGCCUCACCAGAAGGUGUGCAAGCUCUUCAAUCCAAGAUGGAUGCCGUUAAAAUGGCAUACAAUAAGACAUCUGAGGAUGCUGCUGAGAGACAGAACAUGGUCGGUGCUGCCGUCAGACAUCGACAAGAUUUCUACGGACAGUUACAGGACUUUGAGAAAUGGUUGAAGAAAUCCCAACGUAAACUUGAUACUGGAAAUGAAAUUUAUGCUGAUGAAGUUCCUGAUCUUCAAGCUAAACUCAAAGAAUUGAGAGCUGAAUGUGAAGGUCAUGAACCUAUGUUUAAUGCAUUGACUCAGGAAUUUAAAGACCUCAUUCAAAACUGUAGUGAGGAGGAAGCAGCCAUGUUGAGAGAUAGAUUUGAUCGUAUGAUGGCUGGCUACUCCAAAGUCGAGGACUUAAUAAAAAACAGAGAGGAUUUAUGUGAACAAUGGGUGAACUAUUCUGGCGACCAAAAAGACGUCCAGGCCAAGUUAAAAUCCCUUCAACAAAAACUUCAGCAACCCGACAUCAGCGAGGAGGAGGUUAAUAAGAUAAACAAAGAGGUUGAAGCUCUACGUAAGAGUAUGGCUCCCUGGAAUCGUAAGAAAGAUCAACUGGACGAUUUAAUGGGUACUGCACAACUUGUCAUUAAAGACAGAGCUACUCAAAGAACAUUGCACUUUGGUACAGAGCUUCAAGCUCUUGAAAACAUGUGUGAUUCUGUGUCUACAAAUGCUUCACAGAAACAAGGGCAUUUGAGUGAAUUGCAUCAACUGUGGGAUGAGUUUGAUAACAAGAAGGGUAAUCUACUCGGUAAAUUACAGACAUUAGGAGAUAAGAUACAGAAUAGUACAGUAGACUCCUCAUCAUUACAGGGCAUAAAAGAACUUGUCAAUGAAAUAGAGGAGGCUCGAGAUGACAUGUAUGCAAUGAACCCAGAAUACGAACAACUGAGAGAACUUGGAAGACAGCUGCAGCAAGCUGAUACAACAAAAGGAGGAACUGCUACUGAAUCCCUGCGCCAAGUUAAUAAGGCAUGGGACCAUAUUCAGGCUCUGUUGUCAGACAAACACCAAACCUACACUGGUGUGGCAAACUUGUGGCAACAGUACAACGACAACAAACAAAAUGUUGGACGAGUAUUGGAUGAUGUACAGCCACAAGUACAACAGGAAAUGGCGUUUACUUCCCCUGAUGAAGUCAAAAAGGCCUUGGAUCAGCACAAGAAUGCUGAGUUUGAGUUGCAUGCCAACCAAUCACAACUUGACCAGAUGAACAAUAAGGGAUUACAGUUGUUGGAAGAGCUGAAAAACUGUCCAAAUUUUGAUGUGUCUGUCCUUGAACGUGACCUGGAUGAAGUCAACCAUAAAUGGGAAACAUCAAAUUCGGAAAUUGAACAACACAAAGAGAACCUAGAAGCUCAGUUGAUCUGUUGGGACCAGGUCAAUUCUGGCAAAGAGGAAAUAGAAUCGUGGAUGAAUACCAUGAAUACUAAACUAGCUGACAGUCUGACACACUUUGAUGAUGCUGUUAGUGUGGAGUCCUGUCUCAUGAAAUAUAAGGAGGAAGCUCCAUACUAUGCUGAUGUUAUCAGUGAAGUUCAGCAAAAGAUAGCAGACUUACAGGAACUCAACAAAGGGAGACCAAUCCCUGAGUUAUCAAAUUCCCAAGAGGAAAUACAAGAGAAAUUUGACAAAUCUUCUACAAUGGCUAAUCAGUUAGAGGCCAUCAUGGCUAACUUCUCAGAUGAGAGAACAAAUCUACAGAGAGCUAUUGAACAAGAAACUGAUGCUAUAAAUAGAAUCAAAGAUAAAUUGGCCAAAUGUGACGAUGUCUCAGGAUCUGAUGAAGAUCUGGUCAGAAGACUCCAAACUACCAAGGAACUUCAAAAGGAACUUGAAGAACAUGAAAAAAAUAUUAAAGCCCUACAAGACAAGACAGCUGCUCUACAGAAUAAAUACCCGUCUGCUGAGACAAGUAACCUUGCCAAGGAUGCUGUUGUCCUAGGCAAGAAGUUUGACACUGUUGUCAACCGUGGAGACAAGAUCGCUGACACGCUUGAGAGCACUCUAGAACAGCACUGCCAAGAUGCACAACUCCAGGAACAGAGAUGGCUGAAUGCAGCGAAAGAAAAGUUGUCUUGGUGUGGAGACAUAUCUGGUGAUAGAUACAGUGUAGAGGGAAAAUUAGCAACUAUCAAGGACUUGAUAGCUGGUUUGAAAGAUGGAGAACAAAAGAAGAAUCUAGCAGCAGCCAAGUUAGACUCUCUGAAGGCUGUCUUACCAAGAGAGAGACAAGCUGAGUUAGAGAGACAGAGAAAACAAGCAGACAAAGAAUUCCAGGACCUAGUCAAACAACUACAGCAAACACAGAACAAAUUGGAAGGAUCUGUUGAUCAGUGGACGGAGUAUGACAAUAAGUAUGAAGGUCUUUCUCAAUGGAUCAAAGAUAUGGAAGGCAAAGUCAGAAAUGAAGGCAAUCUGAAAUCUGACCUCCCAGGCAAAACUCAACAAGCUGAACACUUCAGUGACUUGAAUGAAGAUAUACAGAGACACAGACCCCAGUUUGAAGCCUUACGUAACGAGGCCUCUGAGAUUUCUAACACCACUGGUGAUGGUAGAACUGCUACAUAUGCAACUCAGCUCUUGUCCAGAUAUGAGACACUGGCAAAUAAUGUCAAUGAACAAUGUGAACGUUGUGACCAGAAUGCAGAACAACACCAAGACUACCUGAACAAACAUAAACAUUGUACAGACUGGUUAGAAGGAGCCCUACAACAGCUAGAGGACUGUAGUGAUCUGGCUGAUGACCAAGACAGUCUACAGGCUAAACUUCAAAAUGUUGAGGACAUAUUAGCAGACAAAGAAGAAGGUCUUGCUAAAUUCAAUGCUGCUUUGGAAGCUGGUGAAAAACUUUACCCAAAUACCUCAAAUACUGGCAGAGAAGCAGUCCGCAAGGAUCUGAGGGCUCUCCGUGAGAAAUGGGAAUCAUUUAACGACAAACUCAAUGAUACCCAGCGAUCGCUGGAAAGUAGCCGCAUGCAGUGGACUACCUUUGAUGAUAACUAUGACCAGCUGUUGAACUGGGUGGCCGAUAUGGACAACCAAGUCCAGCAAGACGAAGAAUUACGGAAUACGUUACAGGAAAAGAAAGCCAUGCUUCAGCAUUACAGGACUCGUUGCCAAGACAUCUUAUCCCAUCAGACAAUGAUAGACAGUGUUGGAGAUAAAGGAGCUAAACUCUCCUCUCAACAAGCCAAGGGCAAACUGAAGAAACUGAAUGAUGAAUACAGGGCACUCUGUACUGCUGCACAGAAUCAAGUGAAGACUGCUGAGGAACAUGUUGACCAACAUCAACUUUACCAUGAUGCACAUCAGCAAUGUCGUGACUGGAUGACCUCUACUAAAGAUAAACUCACUGUGUGUGCAGAGGUUACUGGAGAUAAACAAGCAUUAAAUAACAGACUUGACAGAGUCCAGGAUUUGAUGACCUCUUUGAGAGAUGGAGAAAAGAAAGUGAAAGCAACUCACGUUCAGGGAGAGAAAACAUUACCACAGACAGCCAGACAAGGACAGGCCCACAUUAAUGGUGAGCUGGAGUCUGUGACACAAGAUUAUGAGACAUUAGCCACCAGACUGGGAGAGACACAACAGAACUUGACCCACUCCAUCCAAGCUUUACAGGCUUACGAUGGUUCAUGUGAGUCCCUGAACAGAUGGUUGAGAGACGUAGAGGCUCAGAUUAAAGACCUUGAACUGAAAUCAACACUACCUGAAAAACAAGCUCAGGUUGAAAAGUACAAAGCCUUGCAGAAUGAUGUUCACACAAGACAAGGUCAGUUUGAUGAUUUAAAGAACAUGGCAUCCCAGGUUCAGGGUUCAGAUUCCCGACUGAUCAGUCUAAGUUCACAACUGUCAACCAGAUAUCAGACAGCCAAGACUAAUCUUAAUGAUUUGAUUGGCAAACUUCGUAACCAUGCUCUGGAGCAUGAGACUUACCAAGAGAACUUCAGUGAAUGUUCUGAAUGGUUAGGAACCUUACUACAGAGACUACAGGUCUGUGCUGAUAUGGCUGGUGAUAAACAUGAUGUAGAGGACAGACUCUCUAAGCUACAGGAACUUGUGGCUGAAAAAGACCAAGGAGCUACCAGAAUACACUAUACUGUUGAAUGUGGUGAGAAACUGUAUCCCAGCACUGCCUCAGAGGGACGUGAUAUCAUCCGUCAGGAACUGAGAGGUCUACGGGAACACUGGGAACAGGGAUGUGAUGUGUUGUCAGAAACCCAACGUAAACUGGACACAACCUUACUACAAUGGUCUUCUUAUGAUGAAAACUUUGAACAGUUCCAAAAAUGGCUGCUGGAUACUGAAAUCAAGUUGAGAGAGGACACUGAUUUGAAAGCUACAUUGCCUGAUAAAAAGGCUCAGUUACAAAAUCACAGGGUGUUACAUCAAGAUAUUGUAUCUAGACAACAUGUGAUGGACAAUUUACUGGACAAGGCUAGAAACUUAUCACAGUCCACACCUUCUGCUAAAGUGGCUAAAUUUGUCGGAGAAUUGCAGACCAAAUAUGAGAAACUAUGUGAUACAUCUAAACAGAUGUUAGACAAACUAGAGGCUUCACAGAAGGACCAUCAACAAUACCAAGAUAUGUACCAGGACUGUCAGGACUGGCUCAACUCUUCACGAGAGAAAGUCGAGUUGUGUGCUGAUACCUCAGGUGAUAAGAUGUCACUGCAGAAUAAACUGGAGAGACUCAAGGAGUGUGCUGAGAAGGUUGAAGACGGCGAAAAGAAACUGAAAGCAACAAAAGAACUUUGUGAAAAGACUACCAAGAACUCAUCCCAACGUGGGCGUGAGGUAUUACGACGAGAUAUUGACCACCUCCAGUCUGAGUGGGAGGAUUAUCUGGCCCGUAUACAACAGACAGAGGAGGACCUACAAACUGCAAUGGUACAAUGGGGAGACUUUGAGUCCAAGUUCUCUGUAUGUUCCUCUUGGCUUAAAGAUAUGGAACAACAAGUCAAGAAUUAUGAAUUGAAGUCCACACUGAAAGAGAAACAAACUCAAGUGGAAAGAUUCAAGAAACAAAGAGAAGAGAUUUUGUCUCACCAGCCUGAGAUUGACAGGUUUACAGACGAUGCCCAGAAUCUGAUGCACACCAGUGCAGACGCCAGACUGAGUACACAAGUGUCACAACUCACUAACAGAUAUAGAGGACUACUCUCACAAGUCAAGGAAUUGAUAAGUAAAUGGGAGAAAUAUGCCCAAGACCAUCAAGGUUAUGACAACAGAUUGGCAGAAUUCAAUAACUGGAUAGAACAAGCAGACACCAAGCUGGACAACUGCCAACAAUCUGCUGCUGACCAAGAAACCAUGGAGGAAAGGAGAACCACAAUACAGAUGUUAAUGGCAGAAAAAGAUCAUGGCCUUCAGAGACUCAAUGCUACCAUUGAAGCAGGAGAGAAACUUUACCCAGACACUGCUGCUGGUGGACGUGAAAAGGUUCGCCAGGAGUUACGCACAGCUAAAGAGGACUGGGAUAGAUUGUUUACUGGUCUGUCUGAUACCCAGAGGAAGGUUGACUCAUUCCUGAUGCAAUGGUCCUCAUAUGCUGAUGGACAAGAUCAACUAAUGAAAUGGAUGGUGGAUACAGAGGCUGCACUGAGAGCUGAUGUUGAUCUGAAAAAUACAUUACAAGAAAAACGUCUGCAGUUACAAAACCUCAGGCCUGUACUAUCUGACAUAACAUCCCACCAGAGACUUGUAGAUUCUGUAAUAGAGAAAGCCCAGGGUGUACUACACAGCACGUCUAACCCUGAAGUAGCUGCCUUCAUCACUGAUAUCAACUCUAGAUACGAAGAUCUUUGCCAGACUGCUAAGAACACAAUACAACAAUGUGAACGUAAUGUUUAUGAUCAUCAACAGUACCAUGAUUCCCUGCAAGCAGCCGUGGAUUGGAUGACCUUGAUGAAAGAUCGUGUCGGCAUGUGUGCUGAUAUCUCUGGUGACAGACAUACAUUACAAAACAAAUUUGACAGAGUCCAGGAAUUACUGGCUCAAAUACCUGACAAUGUUAACAAAAUAAGUGUGGUGGAAGAAAAAGGUGCUAAAGCCAUGGAUACCACUGCUCUCAAAGGUCGUCAAGGCAUACAGCAAGAACUAGACAUGCUUAAAAUGGACUGGGAAAAUUACACAACACAAGUUAGAUCACUCCAUGAUAAUCUUGACAGAGCUAUUGAACAUUGGAUCAAAUAUGAGGAGCAGCAUGAGAAAAUCUCUCACUGGGUCAAGGACAUGGAGAAAAAGGUCAAGGACUUUCCUCUCAAAUCUACUGUGGAGGAUAAACAACAUCAGCUUGUUAGAUACCAGGAAUAUCUUGAAGACAUUGUAGAAUUCCGUCACGAAUUGGAAGAAUUCUCACAAUUAGAAUCAGAGUUAAUGCAAGACCUUCGUAGUCACCAAAGAGAAGUUGAUCAGUUUUCAGAUGAUGGACAAACAUUACAACAGCUGACUGGAGAAAGCCGUGUAGCAACCUCAAUAUCACAAUUGGUUUCCAGAUACCAAACAUUACAACAAACUGUGAAGGAAAAUCUGAAGAAAUGUGAACAGAAUGUUGCAGAUCACAAACUGUAUAGAGACAGACAUACUGACUGUAGUCAGUGGCUAACAAAAGCCAGGAAGAAGUUUGGACAGAGUGCUGAUACUUCUGGUAAUAGGAAUGACCUUGAGGACAGACUUGAAAAAAUACAGGAGCUCUCUGUUGAAAGAGACACUGGCUUUGGUAAACUGAACAAUGUGAUUGAGUCUGGUGAAAGACUAUACCCAAACACUGCUGCCGAAGGAAGGGAAGUAGUCAGACAAGAAUUACGACAACUGAAACUUGGCUGGGAGAGCCUGUUUGAUGACUUGUCAGCAGCCCAACGUAAACUUGAAGUAGCUCUCGUACAAUGGACAUCCUUUGACGACAGCUAUGGUCAGGUGGAACACUGGUUAAGAGAUAUGGAGUCACAGUUAGAAGGACAAUUACCAUUACGGUCGACUCUAGAAGAGAAAAAGACACAGCUACAGAACUAUAAGGUUUUGCAUCAAGACGUGUUAUCCUAUCAGAGAGUUAUCGAAAGUGUAAAUGACAAGGCUCAAUCACUCGUACAGAGUAGCAGUGACCCUCAUCUUACAAAGUUUGUUACUCAGGCUCGAACCAGAUACCAGAAACUCUGUACAUCUGCAAAGGAGCGUGUACAACAAUAUGAAGUGUUUGUCGCUGACCAUCAACAGUAUAAUGAUGCUUACAACAAUUGUAUCGAAUGGUUGAAUGGUAUACGUGAGAAGCUGUCCAUGUGUUCUGAUGUGUCUGGUGAUCGUCACACCAUUCAGAACAGACUGGAUAAAAUACAGGACAUAGUUGCUACCAAGAUGGAAGGUGAACCCAAGGUCAAGAACUGUAUAAGCCUUGCAGAGAGAGUACUCCCUAGCACAGCUCCCCAGGGUAAAGACAUUAUCAUCAGAGAGACUGAUGCCCUCAGGGACGACUGGGAUGCCUUUGUAAAUGCUCUGCAGAAGACAAAAACUGAUCUUGAAAACUGCAUGGGACAAUGGAAAGAAUUUGAUGCAUGGCAAGAAAAAGUCUCAGCAUGGCUGAAAGACUUGGAAGCCAAAGUUAGAGAAAUAGAGCUUAAAGCUACCCUCAAAGAUAAACAGGUACAGAUAGACAGAUUGAAGGCUAUCCAUCGUGAAUUACUGGACCAUCAAGGCGAUAUUGAUGCCCUGAGUGACGCAGCCCAGGAUCUUGUCCGUGUGAGUACUGACACUCGUGUGAUCAGUCAAGCAUCACAACUCAGUACAAAAUACCAGACAGUUUAUGUCAACGUAAAAGAAUUGUGUCGUCGUUGGGAACAGUAUGUUCUGGACCACCAGGCUUACAAUGAAUCCUUCAACCAGUGUAAAUCUUGGCUACAGGAAAUGAGAAACAAAUUACAGGCUCAUACAGAUAUAAGUGGUGAUAGGAAGGCUGUACAGGAAAGACUAUCUGAAGUUCAGGAACUAACAUCUGACAAAGAUGAAGGACUCCACAUGCUUCAGAUAGCCCUCGACAACCUCCAGAUUGUCUUGCCAAAUACUUCUGUUCCUGGCAGAGAUAAUCUCAGACGAGAGAUGCAGGGUCUUCAGGCAGAGUAUGAUGCUCUCUCUGGUGACCUUAAUGAACUUAAAACCAAACUGGAUGGUACUCUUGCACAAUGGACUGUGUACGAUGAUAGUAUUGAACAACUUCAUCGAUGGCUCAAUGACCUUGAACUUCAACUGCAAACAGAGUCACAAUUACAGAACACAUUGCAGGAGAAGAAGUUACAGUUUGAAAGGGUCAAGGUCCUACAGUUGAAUAUCAACAGUCAACAGAGUACCAUUGACAACCUGAAUGACAAAGCAGAAAAUCUUAAACAAACCAGUAAAGAUACAAAUUUAGGAAACCAGAUCAGACAACUGGUUACCAAAUAUGAGAAACUUCUAAACAAAGUAAAGGACUUGAUGGCACUAACUGAGAAGAAUGUUAAGGACCAUCAGAUCUAUAGAGAUACAUUCAUGGACUGUUCUGAAUGGCUCAGCUCCAUGGUAGACAGACUCAAUCUCUGUAGUGAUGUCCGUGGUGAUAGGACUGCCAUCGAGGCUCAGAUCCAGAAACUACAGGAAUUAAAUGGAAACAUUGAAAAUGGCAAAGACAAACUCAAUGCUACAAUAGGUAAAGGAGAAAUUGUACUGCCUGAAACCUCAAACCAAGGGCAGGAACUGAUCAAAGAGGAAUUAUCCAUGUUGACCUCAGAGUUUGAAGGAUUUGUAGCUGAUGGAGAUGAUCUGAGGAACAAUCUUGAACGUCUGAUGGAGGAAUGGCAUUUGUAUGAGAACCAGUAUGAUGAACUGAGUCAAUGGAUAAAAGAUACAGAGACAGACAUGAAGGAAGAAUCUGACCUCAAGGCAACUCUAGAGGAUAAAACAGAACAACUAGAGAAACAACAGGGAACACAUGAGGCUAUUCUUGACAAACAGAAUACCUUUGAUGCCCUGGCCGAGAGAGCCCAGACUUUGUUACAGUCCACUACUGAUAAUAGAGUUACAUCACAGCUCACUCAGCUGUCUGCUAGAUAUACAACACUUAUGUCAGCUUCAAAGGACUUGCUGAAGAGAUAUGAACAGCAUGUGAUGGACCAUGAACAAUAUGCUGAGUCUUUCACAGAAGCUGCCACCUGGUUACAGAAUACUAGAGACAAACUGUCUGUAUGCUCUGAUACCUCUGGUGAUAAAUAUACCAUACAAUCUCAACUGGAAAAACUUCAGGAGUUUGUAAUUGCAAAGGAUGAAGGACAGCUAAUGAUUCAUUCUGCCAAUACCUGGGGCGAGAAAGCCAUGACAAACACAUCUAUGGAGGGACGUGAGAUGAUCCGUAAGGAAUUACAACAACUCCAACAAGAAUGGGAAAGUCUUAUAAGUGAAAUCACUGACACUAAAGUUAUGUUAGAAUCAUGUCUGUUACAAUGGGCUGAUUAUAACCAUAGCUAUGAUAAAAUACAGAAAUGGCUCAGAGACAUGGAGAAAAGGCUCCGUGAAACAGAACCCAAAGCUGACCUCAGUGAAAAGAAGGCAGAGUUACAGAGACUGAAGGGUGUCUACCAGGAUGUGAUAUCAUAUGAACAGAUGAUAGAAUCCAUUGAUAAUAAGGCUCAAGAACUGUCCUCUAAGAGUCCUCACAGUAAAGCAUCAACUGAUACUACACAGAUUGUCAGUAAAUACCAAACUCUCAAGAAUCAAGCCAAGGAUAGUUUGGCCAGAUCAGAACAAUGUGUAGCCUCACAUCAGUCUUAUCACGAUUCUUGUAAUGGUUUUAUAUCUUGGCUGAGAGCUGCCAGAGAAAAACUUGCCACUUGCCAAGACACUUUUGGUGAAAAGACUGCUGUCGUCAGCAAGAUUGAUAGACUAAAGGCUUUGCAAGCUGAUGUUGGAGAAGGAAGUCAUAGACAGACUGAAGCUACCAAAUCAGGGGAACUAACUCUCCAUACAACCUCACCAUCAGGUCAAACUAAAAUUAGACAUGAACUACAGGCAAUGAAGCGUGACUUUGAUGAGUACCGUACAAUGCUGAAUGAAGCACUAGAAGAUCAAGACACUAGCUUGUCCAAAUGGAAUGAAUUUGAGGAAAGUUACAACCAGUUCAAUGCUUGGUUGAAAGAAGCAGAGGGUUUCCUAAGGGCUGACCUUGAACCUAAGAUCACAUUGGAAGAGAAAAAGAAACAAUGGGAUCAUUACUUGAACUAUAUGGAAGAAGUCAUGUCACACCAGAGUACAAUGGACAGAGUAAAUGAGAAAGCUCAAGCUCUACUAGCAACAAAUGCAGAUGCCAAGACCUCUCAUGCCAUCACACAACUGACCACCCGUUACCAAGGAGUGGUUGCUAUGUCCAAGGACAUCGUAAAGAACCUUGAACUUCACUGUGAUAACCAUGCUGCCUACAAACAGGCAAAUAAUGACUUUGAGGAAUGGCUCGGUGACACCAAACACAAACUUGGUAGUGUUCAUGAUUCUUCUGGAACUAAAGAUGAUGUUGGAAGCAAACUGAAUCAAAUCAUGGAACUACAAGCAGCCAUGGACCAAGGCCAUAACUUAUUGAGGACAUUACUAGAGUGUUCAGAAAGGACCUUACCAAACACCAAUCCUAGAGGUUGUCAGAUCAUCAAACAGGAGACAGAGAGAGCCAAGACACAGUAUGAGAACCUACUAACUGAUGUAUCUCAAGCCAAACGUGGACUAGAGUCUGCUCUGUCACAAUGGGGAGACUUUGAUAGGUCAUAUGACCAGCUACUAGGCUGGAUUAUGGACCUUGAGACCAAAUUGAGGUCUGAUCCUGAAGCAAGAGUAGACCUUCCUGAGAAGCGAUCUAGUUUGGAAAAAUUCAAGGCAAUCCAAGCUGACAUUCUUGCUCACAGAGAUGCUUUGAAUAAAUUAGAAGACAAAGCCUCCCACUUGAAGGACAGUCGACCUAUUGCACUUGUCAGAGAACUCAACAGUCGGUACCAACAGCUUCAUGAUUCUGCAAAGGACAUGACAGUUAGGUUGGAUGAUAUUGUCAGAGGUCAUGAAGAGUACAGGAAAUCUUACAUUGGUUGUUUAGAUUGGUUAGCAAACAACCGACACCGACUACAACGGUUGAGUGACUACACUGGAGACAGAAAUACAUUACAAGAAAGACUACAGCAGCUUAAGGAUUUCAAAGGAGAGAUGAGACAAGGUCAGGAUAUGGUAAACAAUGCUACACAACUUGGGGAGAGAGUCUGCAUGUCGACUGCUCCUAGAGGUCAAGAGGCUAUCCACAAAGAGAUCCAGAACCUCAAAGACGACUGGAAUACGUUCUCCAACUCUGUGAACGAGAUGGAGGGUAACCUGGACAGAUGUAUCGGAAACUGGAUGGAGAUGGACGACGAGUACGAACGUUUUCAUCAAUGGAUGAACCAAAUGGAGAACAAUGUCAAAGAUCUCCAUGAAAACAAACCAGACUUGCAACAGAAACAGAAACAGCUGAUGCAAGGAGAGGAUAUAUUUGAAGAAAUUCUAAAGAAGAAAUUGUCAUUGGAGCAUGUAAAAGAGAGAAGUGAUGCUGUUUCACAGCGCAGCAUAGAUCCUCGUGUCUCUAAUAAUAUGAUGAUGUUGACAACAAAAUAUCAGGGACUCAUGUCAGCAGCUAAGGGUAUGUUGCAGAGACUGAAUGAUAAUGCUAAAGACCACAAAUCCUACGAUAAAGCAUUUGAUGAUGCUGCACACUGGUUGGCAGAAAUGGAUGAGAGAGUUCAGGAUUGCAAUGAUACAUCUGGUGAUUGGGAUACUAUUCAGGAUCGAAUGAAUGGAAUCAAGCAAAUCACUGCCAGUAUGGAUGAAGGUUUACAACUAGUCAAUAAUGUUUGUGACUUAGCCGAAAAAAUCCUUCCCAAUACUUCCUCAGAUGGAAAGAGAAUUAUCGAACAACAAGUUACAGAACUUACAAAUGAAUGGGAGAAACUGAACCAAGCUAUUUCUGAAUGUAGCACUAUGCUAGAAGGUGUCCAGGAAAGAUGGAACGAUUAUGAAGAGUAUUAUGGCAGUCUAGUCAAAUGGUUGGCAGACACAGAGCAUACUCUCCAAAUGGAGCCUGAACCUAAAGCACAACUUGUGGAAAAGAAAACACAACUUGACAAAUUCAAGCUUGUACUGAGCGAUGUUGAAAACCACCACAGACUUGUAAAUGAACUGGCUGAGAGAGUAGCAAACCUUGAGGCGCUUAGUGAAAAUCCUGAUGUAUCAGACUCUUUGUCAGAUGUACAGAGUCGAUAUGAUAGAGUCAGAAAUAGGGCAAGGGAAAUAGUGGCUAAAUUAGACAGAGCUUACCAUGAUCAUUUGGACUUCCAUGAAGCUCAACAAGAUAGUGAGAAAUGGUUGUUGCAGACGUCAUUCAAACUCAUGUCCCAUAAUUCCCUUAAUGUCAGCUCCAUGGAAAUCACACAAAGACAACUAGACAAACACAGGGCUCUCAUAAGAGACAUAGAAGAUUAUAGAAUGACCUUAGACAUGGUCAACAAGAAAGGUCGUCAUCUAGCAGAAGACAACUGCAGAGUUCCUAAAAUGGCAUCACAAAUACAAUCACAGUUACGAAACUUAGAAGAGAGUUACCUCAAUUUACAAUCAACUGCAGAACAAAUCAAGGUCGUUCUCGAUCACAUUGACCUAUAUUGGUACUAGUCUCAUGGAUCACAAUGACCUAUAUAUCCAGCCUCUACAACUUUAGUACAAAGACUAUCGAUCGGAAGACUUCAACAUGAAGUGGACCAUUUUCCUUGCCAGUUAUAUUUAGUUCUGACAGUCAUAAAAUAGUUUCUAAUGAAUUGUGCCAUUAUGUCGCUAGUUUUAGAUUUGUAGUGUUGGAAACAAACUUGCUAGCAUUAUAUUGUUUACAUAUUUAUUUCUAUUUAUUUAUGUGAAUGUUCACUACAUGUUAUUUAUACGUUAUCUGUGAUACCAAAUCAUUCCAUCCGUAUUUGUUACUUGGUGCUUUCAGAAAUGUGUCUUUUUAUGUAAAUGUAUUUUUGAAUUAAUUCUUCAAAUCCAUUUUUAACUGUUUUAUGAGAACUUUGAUUUUAUACACAGUAUUAUUAAUUAUUUUCAUUUAUAUGUAAUUUUGAAAUAUACAUGUACAUGUAUGAGAGAGAGAAUAUGUUCUGCAACAAUUGUAUCAUUUCUUUUAAUAUAUACAUAUAUCAAUAACUCCUUAACUUGACCUGCUGUGUAUUUUCUAACUGCCUUUUUCUUUACUUAUUCGUGUAUUAUGUGCAUGGUUUCAAUGAUGCAUGUGUGUUACUCAGUUAUUUCCCUUGUUCAAUUAUCUCCCCUUUCCUUUCUACACAAACUUUAGCAGCAAAGGGCCACAAUUCACCUGUGGGUUUGGAAAUUUAUGUUUAUAAAUAAUUAUAACACAUAUAAUCUAGAUUUAAUAUUGUUUUAUAUGCAUAUAUAUAUUCUUUUAGGUUUUGGAAUUAUUUUGAAUAUGCAAAAGAUAUAUAGAAAUUCAGUAUUUAUUCAUCAUUUCAAAAAAGAAAAACAAUCAAGACAUUAUAUUUUUGAGUUAAUUUUUUGUAAGAUUCUAUUGCCUUUUUCUUAUUUUUGUUUUGAUUAACAAUAUUGUGUAUUUUUCUUCAUGGAAUAGAUAUAUCUGCCUUCAUGAAAUGGUUCAAAUCUUUGUUUCACUUGAAUGAAUGUUAUUUGGGAAAACAAAAUUUGAGGAAUUAUUCCUAUUUUUUGUGCUGUUAAACAAUGAAAUGAAACAAAACAUAUGAUUGCAUCCUGAUUAGCCAUUUGUUUUUGUUUUCCUAGACUAAAUAUAUGUGGUCCUUGUUUAAGCUAAAUAAUAAUUAACAAUUUUAAUAAUUUUAAAUUACAAUCAUAAGUGUUUUUAAAUCAUUUGUAUCUAAUAAAUGCUCUAAUUGAUUUGUAUAACCACACUCACUCUGUAUCUGUAUGAUUGCUUGUGUUUGAAAUGAUGUUAAAACCAUUAUGAAAAGUGAGAGAUCAGUUGGAUGUGACCAAGUCAUAUUUAUCAUAUAGGUAUUGAAAGUAUACAGUUUCUAAAUAGGCGAGGGGGGAAACAGAAGGUCAACUGAUAUUUUUUUGUCAACUUUUUGUUAAAUGGAAAACAAAUUGAAAUUAUAUGUGAGGAAAAAAAGUUCAGGAAUGUUGAAGAUAUGUGUGAAAUAAGGCCAUAAUAAAUAAUAGGUUUGUUUGCCCAAACGCUGCCUACCCAGAAAAAAGCUGCCUACUCAAAUUCUUUUAUUGUCCUCAUUUGAAGAAGUUUUUUUUAAUCAAAUAGACAUGAAGACUAAUAAACAUCUGACACUUCAAUUUCUUUUUUUGAAAAAAAAAAAAGAAAAUGCCUACUACCUACCCACUGUCUCAACCUUUGGGUAGGGUUUGGGCUAACCAAACUAUUUUUAAGUAUGGCCUAAUUGUUUAUUUGGAUUUUAUAAACAUUACAUGUUUAACAUCUAAAAUUUAUCAGCUAAUGAAGGUUGUUCAACAGUAAUUUAUUUUCAAAUAGCUUUUUCCACGUUUUAUGUGGUGAAGUUGGAAUAUCUAAAAAAAAAACAAUCACUGGAGAUGUCUGAAAUGAUCCCGGAAAAUCAAAGUAUCAGAACCUUGUUAAAUAAGAAUCUAAGCCUUUUCCUUAUAAUUAUCCCUAAUUUAACAGGCCAGGCCUUUCAGGAAAACUGUUGAUCUUCAGCUUACGAACUAGCCUUAUUUUCAAACUCACUCCAUAUUCAGUGGAUUUUAUAGGCAGGUCUACUUUUAGAUUUGUAUGCAGUGUUUUUAAUAUUUUUAAGAAUCUCUUUUUAACUUUUAAAAUUUGUGUGAAUCUCUUUACUAAUAAUGAUAAGUGAUCGGCAAAAUGAUACAGUUGAAGAACAUAUUUAUCAUAGUUUGUUUUCAUUAAAUCAGACAUUGAGAUUUUUUUUCCUUUUUCAAUUAUUUUUGUUGUUGUUAUACCUGAAAGCAUACUUUGUUACUGUUUUGUAACAUUUUAUUUGUAAAUUCAGAAAAGUGUGAAAUGUGUGGAAAAAAAUUUUGCUCCAUGCUUAAAUUCUGAAUAUUUUCAAUUCUCCACUUUUACCAUCUAUUGAAAGAUAUUCAAAUUUUAUUUUUUACCCACAAUUCCAUUUUUCUGAUAUUUACAUACAUCUGUGAUGUCAGUAGUUCUGAACAUUCCUUGUUGUUAAGCCAAAAUGAAAACAACACAUUUCCAUCCAUUAUUUAUACACCAAGCGGUUUUUUAUUGCCAUUUUGAUAUGCUCAAUAGUUAAUUAUAGAUGUAUAAUGUUUACACAAGAACGUAGUGAUUUGUAGCAGCUAUUAUUAAGGCUUCGACACCAGGAUUGUCGAGCUGUUUUUAAUGUUUUUUUAUAUAAUUAACUCAAAUAAAAUGUUGAGAUUACAA